AUGAAGGAUGAUAUCCAAGAUUGGUUGCGUUCUUGCCCACAGUGUCAGUUGGCUGCUAAUGCUGAUCGUGGUAAACAUCAUGCACCUAUGCGUCCUUUGGAUGUCCCUGCUGUUUUUUCUCGAUGGCAUCUCGACUUCAUUGGCGAGUUACCUACCACCAUGAAAGGCAACAAGUGGAUUCUGGUUGCUGUUGAUUAUGCCACCAAUUGGACAAUCGCUCGUGCUGUUCCUUUUGCUACUGGUCAAGCCAUUGCAGACUUUGUAUUCGAAGAAAUCACUAUGCAAUUUGGUUGUCCCGAGGAAAUCCUCACUGAUCGUGGUGCCAAUUUCGCAUCUCAAGUCCUCAACUUUUACCUUGGUCGUGCAAAGAUCCAUCACAAGUAUACGUCCGCAUUCCACCCUCGUACCAAUGGCAAGGCAGAACGUACCAAUGGCAUUCUCAAGCAAAUGAUACGCAAGUAUACGAAUGGAGCCAUCUAUCGCUGGGAUGACUUUUUGGAGCCAUCAGUGUUUGCAUGCAAUAUUCGCAAUCAUCGUACAACAAAUGUCAGCCCCUACUUUAUGGUUUAUGGUGUUGAACCACGUUUGCCUGGUGACAUCUUACGCCCAAUGGUAUUGCAAGAACCAACUGAGGAGCCCACAGAAAUCUUUGACAAUCGCAAACCAUCAUUGCUACGUUUACAUGAAGCCCGUGCCACUGCCGCUGAAAGAUUGCGUGCAAAUGCUCAACGUGACAAGGCCAUUUGGGAUGCUAUCAUGGUUCAUCAAGUAUUUAACGUUGGCGAUCUUGUAUUGAUGCGACAUGAAAACAAGUUGAGUCUCGAGUACAACUGGAAAGGACCCUAUACUAUCAUCAAGCGCAAUCUCGAUUCGGAUACCUAUCAGAUCAAGGAUAUGAAUAAUCAAGUUUAUGGCUCUUGGGUCCAUACUGAUCGAUUACGUCCACUUCAUGCAAAACGCCCACCCACCACCCCUUGGUAUGAUCCCGUUGUUGCUCGCAAGAUUGAUCGCCCGGCUACAUCAUUGGUCGAGGUCGACCAACAUUCUGGGAGGGAGGUAAGGUCGCAGCAACAUACCUGA